AUGAGACCUCCCAGCCCUCUGCUGAUCUUGCUGUACAUCACACUGUCCAAGAGUGUGAAGGUGGUCUCUAAAAGAGGCUCAGCGGAUGGCUGUACAGACUGGUCAGUGGACUACCUGAAGUACCGGGUGCUGCAGGGCGAGCCCGUGCGGCUCAAGUGCGCUCUGUUCUACGGUUACAUCCGGGCCAACUACAGCCAGGCGCAGAGUGUGGGCCUCAGCCUCAUGUGGUACCGCAGCUCCGGCCUCGGCCACAGCGACUUCGAGGAGCCCAUCUCCUUCGACGGCUCGCGCAUGAGCAAGGAGGAGGACGCCAUCUGGUUCAGACCCGCCGACGUCCAGGAUGUCGGACUGUACUCCUGUGUCUUACGGAACUCAACGUACUGCAUGAAGGUGUCUAUGUCUCUGACCGUGGCGGAAAAUGAAACAAACCUCUGCUACAACUCCGACAUGAGACGAAGCGAGAAGGCCGAGCUCAGCAAGAGUAAAGACAUCCUGUGUCCCGACAUAGACGACUAUGUGGAACCUGGAAAAGAGCCGGACAUCAUCUGGUACAAGGAGUGCCGUCCCAAGCAGUGGCGAGCCAGCAUCAUCCAGAAGAGAGACAUUCUGACUUUCCAGGACGUGAAGGAAGACGACAUUGGGAAUUAUACCUGCGAAAUCCAGUUUGGUGGUUUUGUGGUCAGGAGGACCACUGAGCUCACAGUAACCGCUCCUCUGACCGACAAGCCGCCAAAGAUCCUGUUUCCCUCGGAGAACAAGAUCAGCAAUAUGGAGCUGCAGCUAGGAAGUGCUAUGAACCUGACGUGCCGGGCGUUUUUUGGCUACAGCGGCGACGUCAGUCCGCUCAUCUACUGGAUGAAGGGGGAGAAGUUCAUAGAAGACCUGGACGAAGAGAGAGUCCAGGAGAGCGACAUCAAGUUGAUCAAGGAGCAUCUGGGAGAACAGGAAGUUGCCAUUUCCUUGACCAUUGACUCUUUGGAGGAGGAGGACCUGGGAAAUUAUUCCUGUUAUGUGGAAAAUGGAAACGGCCGUCGCCAAGCAACUAUCCAGCUCUUCAGGAGAGCAGAGCUCAUGUACACGGUGGAGCUGGCAGGAGGGCUGGGAGCGAUCCUGCUGCUUCUCAUCUUCCUCAUCUCCCUCUACAAGUGCUACAAGAUCGAGCUGAUGCUUUGCUACAGGAGGCAGUUUGGCAGCGAGGACAUUGAUGGAGAAAACAAAGACUACGACGCGUACCUGUCCUACACCAAAGUGGACCCCGACCAGUGGAGUCAGGAGACCAGGGAGGAGGAGCGCUUCGCCCUGGAGAUCCUCCCCGACGUCCUGGAGAAACACUACGGCUACAAACUCUUCAUCCCGGAUCGAGACCUCAUCCCGACAGGAAGUCUCACCAAUGAACAUUACCCGGAUGACACUCGGCUCUUUGGAGCCUACAUCGAGGAUGUGGCACGCUGCGUGGAUCAGAGCAAACGCCUCAUUAUCGUCAUGACACCCAACUACGUGGUGCGGAGGGGCUGGAGCAUCUUUGAGCUGGAGACGCGGCUGCGCAACAUGCUGGUGACCGGCGAGAUCAAAGUCAUCCUGAUCGAGUGCGCCGAGCUGCGCGGCAUCAUGAACUACCAGGAGGUGGAGGCCCUCAAGCAUACCAUCAAAACCCUCACCGUCAUCAAGUGGCGCGGCCCCAAGAGCAACAAGCUCAACUCCAAGUUCUGGAAGCAGCUGCAGUACGAGAUGCCGUUCAGGCGCACGGUGCCAAUGCUCAGCCACGAGCCGGCGCUGGACGUCAGCGAGCAGGGCCCCUUCGGAGAGCUGCAGACCGUCUCCGCCAUCUCCAUGGCAGCAGCCACGUCCACCGCCAUGGCCACCGCCCACCCGGAGCUGCGUUCCACCUUCCACAACACCUACCACACCACCAUGAGGCAGAAACACUACUACCGCAGCUACGAGUACGACCUGCCCCCCGGAGGGACCCUGCCGCCUCUCUCUUCCCUGGGGAACCAGCACACCUACUGCAACAUCCCACUGACACUGCUGAACGGACAGAGGCCGCCCGGGAAGAGCCGAGAGCUGAGCCUGGAGGAGGCGCACGCCAACAACGCCAUGCUCCCUCUGCUGCCCCGGGAAACCAGCAUCUCCAGCGUCAUCUGGUAG